AUGUCCCAGUACGGUGAGGUGCACGAGAAAUCGGGGGAAAUGGCCAUUUCAUACGCAAGCGGACUUCCAGCCGAUCAUACCCAGGCCUUGCCCUCGUUUCGAGAGCUCCUUCCUCCUCAUCUCCACGACGAAAUCGAGUCCGGCUCAUAUCUCUCCCGGCAACCGGCGUCUCACGAGCGUCCUCUAUCAGCACACCAUGAGUUUGGAUCUGGGUCCAGACCCUACGGCGCCCCCUCAAAGUUCGCAAUGGGAGACGCUCGCGACUAUUCUAUGACCGGAAGCCGAAUCAGCGAGCCCCAUCAUAGCAUGUUGGGGGAGCGUCCGCCAGUGCAGGUACAAUUAUCUGGAAAUGCAGCACAGGGAGCUGCCGGUCGCGGUCCCAGUCCUAUUCUUCCAUCUAUUCGGGAUCUGCAGUCGAUCCCCGAUCGCGCUUUGGGAGCAUCAACUGCAGGACUGCCGGAGCACCGUGGACCAUCCCGCUCGGAUGCGUUUGUGACUCAGGAAUACCGCGGUAGUGCUGUCGGCGCGCCUAAUUACGCCCCAUCUAGCUUGUCGGGCCAUAUGGGCGAAAGAAGAGGGGGAGAUUCCUAUCCCGCCAACGGCAUGCCAGCAGUCAUGCACAAUCAGCCGCCAUACCACUCUUAUCCGGGGAUGAUCUAUCAUAGCGAUUCAGAGCAGGCCUCUCCGCAAUUAUUACCACCAUCACAGCAGUCCAACUUUGGCAUCCUAGGCGAGUCGGUGGACUCGAAGAAUAAGCGUAGGCGGGGAAACCUGCCUAAGCCAGUCACUGAUAUCUUACGCGCCUGGUUCCAUGAGCACCUGGAUCACCCGUAUCCCAGUGAGGAGGAUAAACAAAUGUUUAUGACCCGCACCGGGCUCACUAUCAGCCAGAUUAGCAACUGGUUUAUCAACGCGCGGAGGCGACAGCUGCCUGCUCUUCGGAACCAGAUGCGAAAUGGUGCCAGUGACCUUGAAUCUCAGCGACAGUCACCCUUCAGCGACAUAGAACAAACGCCUGCCGAGUCGAUGCCCUCGCCCCAUCGAUUCAACGCUGCGAAUAAACAUUGA